GGCACGAGGCAGAAACAAUCCCUGGACGGGCAUCAGCUCAUCGCAAGGUGACCACAGCACACAUAGUUGUCGUCAUUUUAGUGUCUCAAAUCCCUAACCAUCAUGUCCUUGGUAAGAAACCAGAACCCACUGUGGAAUCCCACCAGGAAAACACGCAAAGUGCAGGCAGGGAACACCAAAGGUCGUGACUCUCAACUGCGAGGCAUCAGCACUGCCGCUCCGUCACAGGCUACCUGAGAAAACGACUUCAGAUCACAACAGCGAGAAUCGUAACCAGAAAAAGAAAAUCUGAGCACAUCUCAGCAGCUUUAACAUCGUUACAUUGGCAACCUGAGGGCUUCAGAACUGACUUGAAAAUACUCCGAUUCCACCGUAAUGAAAGGAAAUCUGAGCACAAUGGCUGCAACACUCGGCUUGCUGCUGGCUACUUUCAUCAUCAGCACAGUUACAGGUGAGCCCGAUCCUGAUAAGUUAAUUCAGAAUGGAUGGGUGAGCUACUUCAGCGAUUGUUACCAAUACUUCCCAAUGCAGAAGACCUGGACUGACGCUGAGCUUUACUGUGUCAGCCUUGGAGGAAACCUGGCGUCUCUCCACAGCAGCGGUGAUAACCAGUUCAUCACCAGUCUGAUUAGGAGCAGUGACUCCUCUGGCCCCACCUCAUGGCUCGGAGGCUCCAACUCUGUGCAGGCCUCAUCAUGGCUCUGGACAGAUGGGUCCCAGUGGGAUUUUACAAACUGGAAUCCGGGUGAACCCAACAAUGUCGGUGGCACUGAGCACUGCUUCCACACCAACUUUCUAGGUAAGCCGUGCUUUCUGUUUUAGGGCUGAUGAAGAUGACCACUGCAAUGGUGGCCGCUGUCAUUUCAAUUCAACGUGUUGCUCAGACGGGACGCCACACCAGGGGUAACCUGGCACAGGACUGGAGUGCUGUGAGGCACUCUGGGGUCACUCAGGUCUUUUUGUGCUUCACUUGAGCACAGCAUACAAUUAGAGCAAUGUGUGUGUGUGUGUGUGUGUGUGAGACAGCAACAUGUGGGACCGUCCUAAAGACCCCCGUGUAACACACUCUGAAGCACCGAGCACAUCAGACAAAUCUAACUGUCACUGUGUCGACUUGUGACUGGCAGAGCAGGAGGGCGGCCACCAGGGGGCUUGUUAGGACGUGAUGAGCGUCACAAAUAAUAAAACGAGAAUAAAGAGACGAAGAUGGAGUUUCAGUGUGAGAUUCAUAAGAGAGAAAUCAUCAGCCUUUGAAUAUCAAAUACUCAACCAAUAAAAAAAAAUAAAGAAUAAAUGAGACCCCGAGCUCAACUUAUGAGGUCUUUUAAAAGUUCUGUUCUUCAGCGGGUAGCAGGGUGGCAUUUGGUGGCCCUCUGAUGGACUGGCUCCACGCUCAGGGGUGGUCACCAUGUGUGUAGAUGGGCGUCAAGCAGGCCUGAUAACGUUUGGAUGGCUGAAUUACAUUUUAUGGGGGGCACACUGGCAUGGCAGACUGCAGCCUGGUCACAGCCUGUGUGUGUUUUUUCCUCGCAUCCCAAAGACAUUCAGCUGGAAUUCUAUCGGAAAAAAAGUAAAAAGUAGUCAGCCAGAGAGGUGGACGGGAGGUCAUGUGUUUGGAUUUUUAGAAAGCUUUUCAUUAGAGAACCUGCAGAUCAACGUAAAACACGUGGGAACUCAUGCCAUGGUGUGCCAAUGGGUCCAGAAUCAGCUGUGACUGUGGAAACAAAGGAUAAUGAGGGUGGAUGAUAUUGAGAUAACAGGAUGUUACAAGUGAUGGUCCUCACUGCUAUUGUGCUAUGAGUGGCAGCACCAAAGACAUGAGGGGCACAUCAGGAGAGGGACAAACGGGCAAACAGGGCAAAGGUCAAAACCGGAGAGCAAAGGUGGCAUAACAUGACAUGAGAAUCAGGGUCUAAUCUCACAGGACAAGGCCACACAGCACUGCUUUUCUGGACCACCCUACACGACUCCACUCAGUUCUACUCCAAGGUCCUCCAUGUGAUCUGAUCCUCACGUGAGUCACAAAUGUCAGCAAAGCCAAAUCGGCUCAACACGCUAACAACACACGAGUCUAAUGAACGCGACGCCAUCCAGCAUUCAGGGUGGGCACUGGAGGAGCUGAAUGAAGCCCUGGACUGAGGGUCUGCUCAGACCUCACUUGGCGGCAGUGACCUCCAGCUGUGUCUGCUCCUCCAUAUUCAGAAGAUGUCUGGUGUGCGUCUGUACGUUGCCAUUGGGAGCCGACUGCGUGUGUUUGCUGUUCUAUUGUACUGUCGAUGGCCGCAUUUCAAGACAAAUUUAUAUUCUUACUGCAAAGGGAAGGAUUGCCAAAGGGCCUUAUCUUGCCAUUGUGCCCGAUGCUCAUGUCUGUUCCUGAGGUGAAGAAUCAGGUGGCACCGCUAGAGCAGUUGCUAACAUUCACAAGGUGUUCAUCUUUUAACCACCCCAGGGAAUGAUGGGAAAGGAAUUAAUCAAUGAAAAGGUCAAAAAAGAAAUCAAACUCGGCCAUUGAUAAAACAGAGCCCAGUCUAAUACCCUGCGAUGGACUGGCGCCCUGCCCAGGGUUUGCACCUGCCUUGUGCCCUGUGCUAGCUGGGAUGGGCUCUGCAGCACUAAAUGGAUUAGGAAAUGGCGGGUGGACCCCAGUUCAGCUGGCACCGAGCGAGCCGUCAUUCAACAAAACCCUUCAUGGGUCACACGUAGCUCAUUUAUAAACUGGGUGAGCUGACCCACCCUGCGAGUGCCCACAACGCUUGGCAUCACAUUUUGGCCAGCCCAGAUUAAGACCCCUCAGGCCCACUUAGAGAGCUGAUCAGGUGCUGUGUGGUGUUUUGCGUGUUUUCAGCAUGUGGAGACUCAGUUGUGUCAUCCAGCUGCUCAUUUCAUGAAGCUCUGUGGGGGUCCCCAGUGGUCUUUUUGGACACCCACACUGCUGAAGAGGCCCCUUGCCGUCAAUGCCUGCUGACAUUGGUGACGGUGUAACACCAGGCGGCUGGGCCUUGAGAAUUUCCUUCCGAUGUCCUCCACCACGCUACCAGCACGCUGACUCCUGGUCCAAAUUUCAGGUACUUGGCGGGUGGGAUGGCGACGUUCU